AUGCGGCUGGCUGCGCGACACCAGCCUCGCCUUGUGCUCCCUGCUGGUAAUACUGCGGGUAGUACUGUGACGAGUAGUAGUACUGCUGCGGCUGGUACAUCUGCUGCUGAUACUGUUGGUAGUGCUGGUACUGCUGCUGGUAGAAGGCCAUCUGGUACUGCUGCAGCUGUUCGGCGCUCUGAGCGUCCUGCUCUCCAGGCGCCGCUGCCGCCGCUCCGGCACCAGUCAGUUCAGUCAUCAUGCGGUUAUACUCCUGUAAAAUCGUUAUACAGCAACAGCGAAUGGUAA